UAUUAACUCGUCCGCACCGCACCUCAAUAUCAUGUCUUCCCUCAGUCGAGCAGCACCUUAUCAUUCUUUUGUAUUUCAUUCUCAUUCAAAAUGAUUCCGAGACUAUCGGCCACUCUAUUGGCCACCGUCGUCUCGGUAUGCAUAGUCGAGGCGUCCACUGUAUCAUCAUCACUCGCUCAUUCCUACCAAGACGACAACUCCAAGGCCAUUCUUGGAAACACCGAUAGUGUUACGCUCACAUCUAACGGCAAGACUCCUGGAAUCUUAAUCAUUGAUUAUCACCAGAAUGUCGAUGGGUUCCCAACAUUUGAGGUGGUGAAGACCAAGGGCAACACGUCGGUUUUUGAACUCACUUAUGGUGAGACCAAAGCGGCUGUCAAUCAGUACAUGGGUGAUGGCCCAAUGUCUUUUGCCGCCGCGAUGGACAACUAUCGCAUCAACCGUCACAACAUCACCGGGCCGUCUGUCAUUUCUCAACGUCUUAUCCAAGGAGGCUUCCGCUACCAGAAACUGAACCUCUCAUCUGCCGGAACUCUCGUCCUCAAGAACAUUGGCGUUAAACCAACCACAGACACCACUCCCCUUGACAAAUUGGCAGCUUAUUUCGAGUGUUCUGAUAAAGACUUGACCAGAAUCUGGAGAACUGGUGCAAGGACAGUUCAGCUGACCGAGAUCCCAAAAAAUUCUCUUCCUGACUUUUGGAACAUUACCAAGGAGGGUGCUUUGGUCGAAAGCUCAGCACCUCAGAUUCUCGCCCAAGCUGAGUCGCUCACGGAUUACAAGCUCCAGUUUCAGGUAAAGCCUUUGACUGGCCAGUUUGGCUUCCUGGUCCUGGGUGACUCGCUCAAUACGGGCAUAUACAUCUCGUGCAAUCUCCUUGACGGUACCGUAUCGGUUCAUGUUGGAUCAACCAACCUCGACAAAGUCAUCAAGACAACCAAACUCUCCACGCGUCUCCCGAUCAACAAAUGGCUUACAGUAGCCGCCACUGUCAACUCAACCCAAAUUCAGGUCUCUUUCAACGGCAAAGCUGGGCUCGACUUUACUCAGGCCGAGAAGUUUGCUGGAUCAGUCGGUCUUGGCGCGGAUUACCCUCAUGCCGCUGUAUUCCGAAACUUGAACCUCACGACACUUACUGGUGGCGAUAUUUACAGUGCAUCUCUUAAGGACGAUUCAUUCUUGGACGACUUUCUCAUGGGCACCAACCCUGCAGACACUAUCGUUGAUGGGUCCAGACGAGAUCGAAUUGCUUAUUCUGGAGAUCUUGACAUUGCACUCGCCGCGUCAUUUGCAAGCACCUAUGCUCGAUCCUUUGUCGAAGGAACUAUCGAUCUGCUUGGAUCCUUCCAAACCACCUCUGGCUUUUUUAUCCCUACAGCAAAGAUUCAACAACCCCCUCUCGCCUCCCCCCUACCUUUCAACAUGACCGGUCUCAUCGGAUACUCGUUCAACAUCAUGACAGCCAUGGCAUACAACUACGAGAUGACGGGUGACGUUGCCUUUGCCAAAAAGUGGGCACCAGCUGUUAUUUCGAUGCUUGACUGGGUACACUCUCAGUCUCGAGGUGGUCUCUUCUCUCUGUCUGAUGAGUCUUUUGGCGGUGACUGGAACUACUAUGACCCUCCCCAAUCUGGAAUUGUCACCAAAUUCAACGCUGUCUACGCAUAUGCUCUUGCACAGUGCAUCCCGAUGCUCGAUGCUGCUGGCAAAGACGUGUCGGUAUACUCGAAGCAACUGAAAACUCUACGUACGGCGAUGAACGACAAGCUCUGGGAUGAGUCAAUGGGCGCUUAUGUCUUGUCAGAGAAACAUCGGGACGGGUUCGCUCAAGAUGCAAACGCCAUUGCUAUUCUUGCCGGCGUUCCCAGUGGCAAAGCCUCAUCCAGCAGAAUUCUUUCCACCAUGAAGAAGGAAUUGAUGCUACCUGCUGGACCUCUGGCCUUCUCCAACUCGACAUCUGCUGCUGGUUUCGCUCGCAAGAUAAGCCCAUAUGCCAGCACUUACCACUUGCGAGCUGCUUUCCAGUCAAACAACACAGAGAUAGCAAAGUCUCUUCUCAAGACACUGUGGGCGCCCAUGGCUGAUCCCAAGCAUACAAACUACACCAACUGCUUCUGGGAGACUCUCAAUCCAGAGGGAACUCCUGGUCUCGCUCUUGGCACCUCACUGUGUCAUGGAUGGGGAGCUGGUCCUACAGCUGAGCUGAUUCGCCAUGUGCUUGGUAUUCAGCCUGUAGAAGCUGGUUUCAGGAAGUGGACAGUGGUGCCACAGACUCUUGGUCUAAAGUGGGCAAAGGGAAAGCAGCCUACUCCUCACGGCGAUAUCAGCGUUGAAUGGAAGUUUGACAACAAGCUCCUCCAUAUGGAGGUUCGGGGACCGCGAAAGGGGUCGCAAGGAACUGUGUUCUUUCCCCAACCUCUGUUGACUCCUUUGUCCAAGACUGUUAUCACGGUCAAUGGCAAGAUCAUUGACGAACCCAGUUUCAAGGUGCAGCCUAAUGAGAAGCUCAUCAUUGAACAGAGGAAGCGAUAAUUCCACGUGUAAGACAAGUUCUUUAGAUAGCUGAUUUUCUUUCUACUUUUCCUCUUUUAUCACUGUAUUUAUAUAACAUAGGCCAAUAGCCAAUUGUGGAGGAGUAUCUGGCUAUUACUUCAUCUGGAUUGUUCCUUUCUGUGUCGCGGACGAUGCCUUCGAUGCUUACUCUUCCUGCCUUUCCCGGGGCGCUCGUUGCCACUAGGAUCACAUAAUUGUAUGUGCAGUACCGAUCUAAUUAACUCCUCAGACAGUGCUAAUUUUAACAUAAAAAAAAGAGCGUAAGCAAAUUCAGCGGAGAUGACCCUCGACCUGGGCAUUGAAUGAGGACUGAAAAACGUUGUGAAAUGUAAAGAGAGGCGAACCCGCGUAACCA